CAUCCCUAAUUUACUCGAGGACCGAGCAAGUCAUGUCAAAACAAAACACCCCAUUUUUUUUCUCAACGACGCUCUCCCUCUGCAUCUCUCUCUCUCUCUCUCUCUCUCUCUCUCUCUCAAGCUCUUCAUUGUAUUUGUACCCAACCCAAGUGAACUUCAAAGGUUUGUGUGACAAUAAGUACUGCUUUUGCUGCAUUGAGUGGAGCAAGAAAAUAAAGAAGAAAAGAGGAAGGCGAGGGUUUCUCCUUUGCUGGUUGAGCAAACCCUAGCUAGCUUGUUUAUGGUGCAGCAAAAUUCUCUUGGUAUCCAAUGUAUACGGGUGGGGAUUGGUUACAGUACUUCAGGUGUGCUGCUGUGGUUUCAGAUCUGAGUACUCACAAAGAGGUGAUGACCUCAUGGGGUACUUAAUUUUGCCUGUUCAAUUCAUCAGUUUCCUAGUUCAGAAAGAGGGUCACAAGAGAAAGACUGACAGAAGAGAGUGAGCACACACGAAAGCUAAUUGUAUGAAAGCAUACCAUUGCAGGGUGUGUGCUCACUUCUCUUCUGUCAGCUUACAUUUGCCAGUGUUUCCUCGUGCACCCCCACUACCCCCAAUACCCCUCCUUUCAAUUCUUUCUUGUUCCUUUAAGUUAAUCUCCACUUGGAACUGAUCGUUCUUAUCUUCUAGAACUAUGCGCUUCUUCUCUCUCUCUCUCUCUGCAGCUUUUUUUAUCACCACACACUCACACGCUUGUUUGCUUUGUGCAUCCAAAACCAAAUGUCUUUCUCCCCUCGGUUAUGAGUCAAAGGGCAGCUGAAGAGCUACUGGCACAUAAAGUAACCCCAAGCGCAGGAUUGACACAUCAUCCAUAAAAAUCUCUGCUCCCAUAUGACAAAUCUUUCUUUUCUUUUAGGCAAUGGUUUUAUUUUAUAAUAUUCGACUGCUGCUUUAGAGUCCAGACUUGUCAAAAUGGAACGAAGGUUUUGGUAAGAUGAUUUCGAAAUAUCAGAAGGUUAUAGCUUUUUUCUUUUUCUUCUUUAAGAAAAGAAUUUUCCUUUUCAAUUUUCAUCCACUUGUGUGAUUAUAUGUAUUCUUAUGUACUUCAAAAAAAAUUAAAAAAAUUAGUGAUGGUGUUUGAAAGCGUGGCUUUUCAUGGUCCUCUAGGAGAGGACGAUUUGUGCUCUUUGGAGUACUUGUUUACUAUUCAAAAUUUAACGGAAAACUGUAUUUUGGAAUCUCAAAACUCUCCUGCCUUUCUUCCCUCUUUAAUCCUUCGUGUUUUUCUUGGAAGCCAUGCAGGGUAAAAGAAGGAAUAAGGGGUAUGUUUGGUUACUAUUAUCUCUUAAUCUGGGUCUGAUUAUGUUUUUCUCUCUCUUAAACUUCUUAAUCAAUUUUUUUUCUGUUUUUAGUGAUGUUUAACCUAACUAAUCGAUGUAGUUUUUACUCGCUUUAAUUUUGGGUAACCUGGACUGGGGAUUUUUGGUACCUAGAACUUGUGUGUGCUUGCAGUAGGAGAAAAGGGAGUGUCCUGAAAAUGGGUCAAUGAGGGUGCCAAAUAUGGGAGAGUGUUUUUGUUUCCUCUUCUGGGCAGAUAUGCACUAUUUUGCUGCCAUGAGCACCUGUUUGGUUUUAAGGGGGCAACGGACGGCUUCUGUUUCCUCCACACAGGUUCCUGUUAGAUACCUGAGGUUUAUCUAUGCUGUGACAUAGGGUUCUAAUUUGUAAAUCAGGGAAUUCAAUGGAAGAUGAAACUGUGAGCUUGAUUUCAAAUGGAGAAACAUCUGUAGUUGAAGAAUUUUCAGAUUCAAAUAGCAGCACUCAUCCAUUUCCAGCAAGCAAGCGUGCAAGGUCUGGCAGUAAUAUUAGCGCUUCAAAAUUCAAAGGGGUUGUGCCACUGCCAAAUGGUCACUGGGGUUGUCAAAUAUAUGCCAACCACCAACGGAUUUGGCUUGGAACCUUUAAAUCUGAAAAGGAGGCAGCUAUGGCUUAUGAUAGUGCAGCAAUAAAACUCCGGAGUGGCGAUUCCCGGAGAAAUUUCCCCCUAACUGAUGUAACUGUUGAAGAGCCAAAAUUUCGAAGUUAUUUCAGUACUGAAGUCGUGCUUAAUAUGAUAAAGGAUGGUACCUACCAAUGCAAGUUUGCUAAUUUUACAAGGACAUGCUCUCAAAGUGUUGAGACUGAACUUAGCCUUAAGCUUAUGAUGCCACAGAGCAAUCAAGGCCUAACAUGUAAGCAACUGUUUCAAAAGGAGCUAACACCAAGUGAUGUUGGUAAACUAAAUAGGAUUGUCAUCCCUAAGAAAUACGCUAUCAAGUACUUCCCACAUAUUUCUGAAAGUGCUGAAGAAGUUGACGGUGUGAUGCUUGCUUUCUAUGACAAGUCUAUGAAGUUGUGGAAAUUUCGGUAUUGUUAUUGGAAGAGCAGUCAGAGUUAUGUCUUCACGAGGGGUUGGAACCGAUUCGUGAAGGAGAAAAAGUUGAAGGCAAAUGACACUAUUUCUUUCAGUUUAUGUGAGAGAGGAGAAACUGUAGAUUCUGCUGCUCAAACAUUCAAUAUGAUUGAUGUAAACAACCGUGAAAACAGCAGUAGCAUCUCUGAGUUGUCCAGCCAAAGCAUUGCGUCUAAAGUAGAGCUGCAGCUUAACCCAGGCCCUCUCAUCGCCCGUGAUAGUACUGUCAAGAAGAAAGAGAGAAUGAGGGGCGCAAACAAGCGAACGCAAAAUGCUGAGAAAGUGGGCUUUAAACUGUUUGGCAUACAAAUUAUCUGAAAUGGCAUGAUUUCUUAGGUUCUCUCUUCUUCCUUUUAGUGUGUUACAAAGUACAUACUGAUGGCUCAGCUUUUUAUUUGAGCUAUUUUAACUAUCACAGAUUACCCUGUAUGGAACUCCUAAAUGGCAGGGAUGCUAACAUUUCGGCUAAAAUUUUAGUGCAUGACCAAAUUAUGGAUGAAA